AUGCCACCACUCUCGCCGACACGAGCGUUCGAGCCCACACCUGCACUGUUGCACAAUAAUUUUUCUGGCUUCAAUGGCAUACAUAGACACUCUUCCGUACACUCCUGCAGAGAGGGACAAGGCAAAGAAGUUCGAUUUGGCGAUUCCGAGAUACCCUCCUCCGUCCACGGCAGACACAGUAUCGCUACUUCCAAUGUACCACUACUGCCGGCCGUCUCCUCAGCAAGCCAUGUGCCCAAGCAAUCAUUUAGAAUCACGAACCCUACGCCAGGGGUCGACAUCUCGGCUUAUUUCGAACAUUGUCGCGACGUCAACGAGCAGCUGAGACAUGCGCAUACACAAGAAAGGAAGGCUUGGGAGAUUGAAAGGAUUUCGUUAAAGACAAGGAUAGCAGACUUGGAAUUCAAGCUCAACAAAGCAAACGGUGGUCGGAGAAGAUUGAGUAAUGACUCUCCGUUCGCAAGCACAACUUCUCUCAAAUCAGAACUCAGUACUCCUCAUGUCGCAGCUGUCAACAACUCUCGGCAUCACAGCAUCGCAGCUUCCCAUAUGGACCAUUUCAAAAAUGAUCACUCAAAGCCUGUCUGGCAACCCGAAUCACCUCUACCAGCGACACGCGUGUUUGCACAUGACGAUGACAUCCAACAUCUUGCUAGUAUCUCAGAAGACAAGCCUUUCGAGACUCUGUCACCACAACGGUCGCAAGAGAACAAGCCAAUUCCUAUACAAGAAAUCGAUGAGACACUCGACGGCAUCACUGUGAAGUCUGAGGGCGUCAAGUCCAGUUUCAACAAGGUCAUGAGCCCAAUAAUCAUCGCGUCGCCUGGUCGCUCACCCUCACCAAAACAAAAACCCCCCGAGCCUCCGAGGCUCACUCUGGAUCCGUUCAGCGUCCUCGACCCUCUUGAGGCAAAAUUGACAAGACAUGCUGGCCACACUCCGCUCGCCUUUGAUGGGAUCCUGUCGAGUACAGCGUCGACGGAUGGCCCAACCCCACAGCAAGAGAAGCCACUUGCACCUGCUCCGUCGGCUCGUCCUCCUCUACGUCCUUCAGAGCGCUCAGAAUCAUACUUCAGUACAAAUGACGUUCAUGCCACCACCACGGAGACGAUAUGGGAAGAUGUGGAGCCAGAAAAAGAAGUAGAACCAGAGCCAUACUAUGAGACUGCCGACGAUCGCCCACUUACUGGUCCCUUGAUGCUCGAUGCUUCCGGCAAGUCGGAGCUGUCUCAUAGCUUCCUUGAGCAGCUUGAUCAUAAGCUGCUUGAAGAGGUCCGAAGGUCGCAAACAAGCAGUCCUGCACUACAGCCCGGUUCACGUCAACAGAGCAAAAAGUCGGAGGAUGAAAAGAGUAACAAGUCGGAAGACGAAAACUUCCCGCGUCUGAGGCUGAAAAAGAGUACUAACUUCGGAAGCGCUUACGGGGUUAGAAUUCCUGGCGUUUGUGAAUAA